UACAUUAUUAAAUGCGUUUAUUGCGUUAUGCCUAACAGGGAAGUCCUCUCCUCCUCGUUCUUUCGUUCACCCCAUUGCCCCAAAACAUUAUUCGGCCGCGACAUUUUUAUUUUCCUUUGCUAAACUUUUAAGAAAUAGCCUAAUAGUGAACAGGCUAUGCUGUUGUAGAUGGAUUGACGUUACAACUGUACGAUAUACAUAUUCAGCUGUCUUCACAUGAGUAAGGGAAGACGGAGAGAAGAAACGGAACGGAAUUCUAUCUAAACUCUUUUGAAAUGUUUAUAGCUGACUUUUAUUGAGUUUGUGAACGGAGUGAAGAGCAGGAGGUUCCCACUAAAACUGGACAGGAUGAGAGUGUCCUCAUAGAGCUGCCUUUGUGCUGCUGCCUUUUCCUAAAGUCUUCAGAAGAGUCCUUGUCUUAACACUGGUCAGUGAGUCAGAAAGCGCAGUAAAAAGCUCUGCUUCACCAUGGCACAGUGGACGCAGAUGAAACAGCUGAUCCCCUAUCUGGCCACACAGAUCCUCAACGAGCUCUACUCCCCCUCCUUUCCCAUGGACGUCAGGUGCUACCUGGCCAACUGGAUCGAGGAACAGAGAUGGGAGGACUUUGAACCAGAGAAGGUAGACCAGGAGCCCCAGGCUCUGACCCUGCUCGAUCAGAUCAUAUCCUGCCUACAGAAUCUAGCCGGGCAGAACCCCAAUGUGGUGGAGAGGAUGAGGCUGCAGCGUAUCUCCAGGAACAUGAAUAUGUUCCGCUCCCAACCUUUCCAGCUGGUACUCACAGUCAGGGAUGUCCUGAGGAAGGAGAGAGAGCUGCUCAGUCAGGCGUCUACCCAGUUCCCGGCCCUAGCCCGCUUCUCUCAACCCCCAGCCCAGGAUUCCAUGGCUGCAGCGCCCCCUACCAGAGACGUGGACCUGCUUGUGCUCAAGGUGCUUGAGAUCCAGGACUGCAGACAGCAGAUCCACCAGCUGCAGGAGGAGCUCAACUGGGAGAGGCAGAACUAUGAGUCCAUGCAGGGCACUCUCCAGCAGACCCAGACCAAUGGGAUGGACCCCAGCAUGUCAGAAGUCACCAAACUCCAGACUAACAUCAAACAGCAUGAGUACAAUGGCCAAGUCAUAGCCAAGAAGCGUGUCCAGCUGCUCCAGGAGGCAGUGUCUAGUCUGGAGAAGUGUCAGUCUCGUCUGAUCAACAGGAUCAAAGCCUGGAGGUGGGAACAGCAUCAAGCUACUAUUGGACACCCCUUCGAUGACAACCUCAGCCCUCUGCAGACGUGGUGUGAACAACUCCUAGGGGUGAACGGGAAGUUGAGACAGGAAGUGAUGCUGGCCGGGGAGCCAAUCCCAGAGCUGCAAGAGAGACUGGGACGUUUGCUGCAAACUCUAAUCCAGAGCUCCCUGAUGGUGGACAAGCAGCCUCCCCAGGUGAUUAAGACCCAGUCUAAGUUCUCCACCACGGUGCGCUACCUGCUGGGGGAGAAGGUGGCACCCGGGAAACCAGUCCUCUUCAAGGCCCAGAUCAUCACUGAGGCCCAGGCUAGGAACCUCGGACAGCUGGGCAGCUUACCCAGUGAGAAUGUUGGAGAGUUGAUCAAUAACACAGCCAUUUUGGAACACAACACUUCCGGCAAGAGUACAUGUGCCACCUUCAGGAAUAUGUCUAUAAAGAAGAUCAAGCGAGCAGACAGAAAGGGGUCAGAGUCUGUUACAGAGGAGAAGUUUGCUCUCUUCUUCACCACAGAGAUCAGCAUCACUGGCUGUGACAUUCCCUACAGAAUACAGAUGAUCUCUGUGCCGGUGGUGGUGAUCGUUCACGGUAGUCAGGAUAACAAUGCCCUAGCAACCAUCAUCUGGGACUGUGCCUUUUCUGAACCAGAAAGGAUUCCGUUUUUGGUUCCGGAACGCGUUCCCUGGAAGCAGAUGUGCAGGACCCUGAACAGUAAGUUCAUGUCGGAGGUCGGAACGCAGCGUUGCCUAGACAACUACAACCAACACUUCCUGGCCCAAAAGAUCUUCGACAAGCCAGACAUCGCUGGAGACUACAGCAACAUGCUGGUAUCCUGGGCACAGUUCAACAAGGAGGUGCUCCCUGGACGACCUUUCACCUUCUGGCAGUGGUUUGAUGGUGUGAUAGAGCUUACCAAGAAGCACCUGAAGAGCUACUGGACUGACGGGUUGAUAUUUGGUUUCAUCGGUAAGCAGCACCUCCACCUGAUUCUGAAGGACCGGCCCAACGGGACCUUCUUACUGCGCUUCAGCGACUCUGAGAUAGGAGGCAUCACCAUUGCAUACGUGGCUCCAUCAGAGAACGGGGGCCAGAAGAUCCAGAAUAUUCAACCGUCCACCAAGAGAGACUUGGAGAUCCGUUCCCUUGGUGACCGUAUUCAAGACAUCGACUUCAUCACACACGUUUAUCCAGAUCUGCCGAAGAAUGACGUGUUCAGAAAAUACUACACAGAUAACCCGUUACCUCGGGAUACCACCUCGGGAUACCUCGUAGUCUCCAUCCAGACCAAAGUAGGAGUGGAAGCCCACUGUGACUCUCCUCAGCGCAGUGAGACCCCACAGGACAACAAUUCCGCUUUCUAUUCCAUGGACCAGGGGAAUGGAGCCAGUGCAUCACCAUUCUACUCUCUCUCUCCGAACAACCAGUUCCAACCCCCCUUCCAGCUGGCCCCAGUACCCCUACAGGGGGGGAUGUAUCCUGACCCCCUCUCCAAUCCCAAUGGACUCUUUCCUGGCCCAGACAUGUCCCAGGGCCCGACUUCUGAGAUGGAGCUAGAGGAGAUUCUGAACACUCUCUCGGAGUAGGAAGAAGUGGAGGAAGAGGACGAGGGGGGAAUGUAAGAGGAGGAGGAGCCCAGUGGAGACAGUUUCUCAUCACUCUGAUCUAACAAGUGGAUAUUCGUCAAAUCAGUCUUGAUUUAUGUAUUGUAACAGGCCCAUGAUGUGCUUACUUAAGUCCGUUUUGGAUGUAUUUGGCUGUUCUCUUACAAAAAAAGAUUGCAGUUUUGAAACUGCAGUAAAAGUGCAUGAACUGCAGUCGACUGUGGUAUUUUAGAAGCAUAAUUGUAGAAUAACUGCAAUUAUAGUGCACUCUAACUGCAGUUACACUGCAAAAUUACAGCAGUAAAAAAACGGUGUUUUUUGCAUACUGCACUCUGACAGCAAGGAUUUUCGCUGCAUAACAUGUAGAAGUUGUCCCUUUUCAGGUUUAGAAGUGACUGCUAAAUGCUAACUCCCGUUUGUAUAAGAUGGUUAGCAUAGCUAGCAUACAGAAAUCGGUGGUAGUAAUUUUUUAACUGUAAUUCAGUUGAUUGGUAAUGAUGACAUGAACAUGUGAUGCAGUUGACAUCUACACAAGCAUUAUACUCCGAUUUUUACCUCAACAUAGUGUGAAAUACGCUUAUAAACAUUAGCCUAAAUGUAAGCUAAUUUUGCUGGGGGGCAAUGAGGAGAAUCGGGAUCUUUCCCCCAAGUGUUUUCAUAGCAAUUCCAUUGUUUUAGUUGAGUUUGAUUGACCUAUUUACUUCAUCUAUACUCCCAGUCGGUAUUAGAACAUUGUGGCCCCCUGCCCGCCUGUGGGGAAAACGACCUGGGGUUACCUAGGUUACCCCGUUGGUUCACAGCAACACCUCAACCUUUUUCAAACACAAUUUUCUUGUUGUCUGCUUGUUUUAGUCAAUUACAAAACUACAUUUAAGACAAGUAAAACAUGUUUAAAGAUUACUUUUCAACAUUGACUGCUCCCGAGCGUUCUCAAUACUUAGAAAAACAUAAUAUUGUAGAGCUUCUCUCAUGCCCCUUUUCAUGACGGUGCUGGCAGCCACGUGAGGGAGUGAGCGAUAGCUAGCUACCGACUGGAACAUUAAGCUUCAUUUAGUGGGUAGAGUUACAAACAGAUUAUACUAAAUAAGUUCAAUGUCUUACCUGUGAUGUAAUGUUUUCCAUACACAUAGCUAUGUGUAGCCUACAUGGACACCGGGUGCCCACAUUUCCCACUCUCCCACUCCAAAAAUCCUGAUGCCACAGGGCUCUUCUCGCAGGCUCUUAUUUCCCUACGUGGGAGCAUUGCAAACCAUAGGUUGGGAUGUUUUUUUUUACCUGGUUACAUGUACAUUGAACAACACAGCAGCUUUUCGGCAUGUUUUGUUAUUUACGUAUAACAAAACAUUUACAACGAAGUUAGGUUGCUAUUAUGAUAGUAUAUUGACCCCCAUUUAUAAUGAAGGGGAAUGGGAAACAAUGUUUGUAUUCUAUUCUUCUUAUGACGUGAAUAUCGACUCAAGAGUGUUGAGAGAGAUGAGAUGUUCUGAGAGACAUAGACAUUCUACCGAUCACUUCUUUCUCCUAGUUCAGUGGUUCCCAUUCUCAACUUCUUCCUUUGCUGAGGACCACCAGAUCUGGGAACGACUGCCCUAGUUUAUAAUAUUGAAGUGUGUUAAAAGCCAUUGGAUCAUCUAUUUAGUAAAACUCUUCCAAAGGCUGUGGCCUGGCAUUUUGGCACCCAGAACCAAAUCUCGCAUGUGCAUUGGUCUGUUUCGUCUGUCACGAUUCUGUCUAAUUUGGGAUAAAGGAUAUGAGACUGAUGGAACUACACUAAGGGAAGACUACCACAUUAUGCAGACAACAUAAAUAGUAUAGUAUAGCCAAGACAACGACCAAAUGAGUUAGCAAUAUACCAGCACAAACAUAUAUGGAACCAGGCUACUUACAGUAUGAGACUGAGAACAAACUUCUAGGCUUUCUAACAAUGGAAUAAACCAGAUCACAGCCAUAUUAAGUACAUGUUGGGUGUUCAUACAGUACUUACAUACAUAUUUUCUAUACAGUAAAUGUAGUUUCCAUUUAAAGGACUAUUUCAGAAACACACCAUUUGCACAUAUGUAGACACUUAUGGGUCUGGAUAUAAUGAAUAUGUGGUUAGAAAUAGGUGAAGUGUUUCUUUAAUACACCGGCAUCAUUAUUAGCUGUCAAUAUGAUAGUUCACUAUGUAGUAGUUUGAUGAUUUAUCAUUGUUUGCUUGUAUGUACAAAUGAUACAUUCCUCAUAUCCUAGUAGAUUACAAGGGGACUUCCACACUUUCAGCCCCCCCCCCCCACCAAAAUAAAUUGUUAUUCUGUUUGGAUCUCUAAUGCUUAAAAUGAAAAUAUCUUUCCAUUUUUAAGUUUUCUUUUUAUUGUAAAUAACUUAGUUAUUACCUAGUUUUAAUGUCUGUAAGACGGAGAGAUGGUUGAUUUUACAUGGCAUCUUAUACAGUAUUCCAUGACAUAACCUACACAGUCACAUAGUAGAGUGAUAUUAAAUCAUUGAUUGUUGGGUGACGAGAUUAAAUAUAGUUGUUUCAGAUGAGUAGACACCAAUAUAGGUUGCUAUUAUGAUAGUAUAUGUAUUAUACAAAACAACAUUUUUCUAUUCAAUGCUUUGUUAUUUGUCUGUCAUUUUUACUACGUUACCUUUAAAUGACCAGUAGCGCUUUUGUUAUCUCUAAGGGAAUGCCAUACUCCAUUAUAUAUUCUGUCUUAUUCUCAACUAUGAAAAGGUAUCUUGAUAUUUUGCUCAAACACGUAUUCGGAAGCAUUCUCUCUUCUUUUUUAAAUUUGUUGUGAGCAAAUGAAGCGGGUGUGCACUAUAAUCAGAAUGCUUCACAAGUUAUAAUUAUUCAUAGUUCCACAAUAAAUGUAUUUCCUGUAAAUCCCAUGGCUAUAUAAACCAACCCACCUUCACUCAGAUUUAUUUUCCUUUGAACUAUUAAAAUAAUUGUCAUCUCA